AUGGCACUUCAAGAGUCCCAGCACGAGGGGGGCACCCCGUCCCCAGAGCCUGUCAUCCAAAUCCAAGAUGCUAUCGCUGCUGCAGGUGACGACGACGAUGCCGACUCCUCAAUUGGCGAGGAAGUAGAGCCAUCGGUCGUUUCAAUCUCAUCGAGUAUUUUGGCAUACCGACAAGAAAACGGUCGAAGUUACCAUGCUUUGAGUAGCGGGAAAUAUGUCCUGCCGAAUGACGAAGUAGGUUUGAUCAACAGACUCGAUACCGGAUCGGACUUACAACACGAGCUUUAUGUUCGAACGCUCGACGGAGACCUUGCUGUAUGUCCCAAAGCGAAAGGCGCGAAUCGUGUCCUGGAUAUGGGGACCGGGACUGGCUCAUGGGCGAUUGACUACGCUGAUGCAAACCCUCAGGCAGAGGUUAUCGGCGUUGACCUGAGCCCAAUUCAACCGGCUCUCGUCCCACCAAACGUCAGCUUCGAAAUAGACGACCUCGAAAAAGAAUGGACCUGGACUCGGAAAUUCGACUUCAUCUUUGCCCGUAUGAUGCUCGGCUGCUUUACCGACUUCCCCCAGAUCAUCAAAGUCGCCUUCGACAACCUCGAGCCCGGCGGCUAUCUCGAACUCCAAGACAUGUCCCUCCCCGCGCGCUCCGACGAUGGGACUCUCCACCCAGAAAGCUACCUCUCCAAGUGGUGCAGAUCUUGCUUCGAAGCUGAUCAAAACCUCGGCCGUCCCGUGUUUCCGACGACAGAGUAUAAGAACUACCUCGCUGCUGCUGGGUUUGUUGAUAUCGUCGAGGUGCAGCAGAAGUGGCCAACAAAUCCGUGGCCGAGAGAUAAGAAGUUCAAGGAGCUUGGGGCGUGGGCUUGUGCGAAUAUCGCUGGGGGGUUGGAUGGGCUCUCCUUGGCGUAUUUUACGAGAGGGCUUGGGUGGUCGACUGAAGAGACAAGGGUGUUUUGUGCGCAUGUGAGAAAGGAUCUUUGUGUUCAAAACCUUUGUGGCUCAAUGCAGAAGCUUUAUUUAACUGAAAACCUAGUCCUGAAUACGACCGAAUCUCCAACAAGCUUUUCCGCCCAGCGCCACCAGCCUGUCUAA